GUGUAUUCUUAUAUAGCUACAAAAGGAAAUAUGACUUUAUUACCCUAAUUUAUCAAUUCCAUGAAAGUUGAGCCACCACGAAAUCUAAUGAUUCCACAGUAUUAAUAACUAAUGCAUAUUUCUCUUGCACAGAAUGGAGCUCUGAAAGGUAGUUAAAAUGUAGACAGAAUGCUGUAGUUCUGUCAAUUACACAUUUGCCUGUUAUACAUUUGUUUUACAAUUUUGCAGCUUUGAAAUUGAUAUAUUAAACUCAUCGUAUCAUGGCCUUUUAGUGUAGACCUGGUCAUUUAUUAAUUAAAGUUCGCACACCCAAUAGGUUUACCGAAUCCGGAUCUGCCCUACCACCUGUUUUGAUCCGCCUUUGAUCAAUAAGAUAAAUAUGUUUUAUUGAUUUUUAUUUCCAACCCUUAAGUUUGCAAAACUAACCAUUUUUCACGUCUCAGUACACAGAAAUGUGACGACUAAUACAUGUCCUUAAAAGAUACGGUAUUAUUUUGGCUAUAAAAAAUCCUUUUUGAUUAUUAAAUGGAAUGUUUUCUAUCAAGUGCCUAUACUUUACUGAUUUUUAUUAACGAUUUAACUUAAGGUUAAAUGUUGUCAAUAUAUAUGAAAGCUAAAGCAUUCAUGCUUGAAUUUAUUAUAUUUAAAAUUAAGCUUACGUGUACACGUUAAAAGUUGAGAGAAGAUACCGCUACGUUGAUCUUUUCAACAAAACAAAAAAAACAAAAAAGGAUUUAAAUAUGUCUAAAAAUUGUAUUAGCAAUGUUCUUUUCUGGAAGGUUGCCUUGGUCAGUUUAGUCCAAGCUGUUCCUAGAAUUGUGGAUUUAAGCCAUAUACUAAAUAAUGCUUCCCUUACCUGGCCUGGAAACCCCCCGUAUGAAUUCACAGUGAUAGUCCGAGGAUUUUAUGAAAAUUCAUGGAUUGAAAACAACCACUUUGCGAUGCCGGAACACAUGGGUACUCACAUAGACGCACCCGUUCAUACAGUACAAGGAAUGUGGAAAACCGACCAAAUUCCAAUGGAAAACUUGUAUGGAGCUGGAGUCAUUAUAAAUGUCAAGUCCAAAGCCGUAACCAAUCCGGAUUACAGGGUCACUGUUGAAGACUUAUUGAUGUGGGAGGAGAAGUACGGAGAAAUGCCACGACGCGCUGUCGCCAUAAUGAAUUCCGGUUGGUCGAGCAAGUACCCAAAUAAAACACUCGUGUUUGGGUCCCCCGAACCCACAGAUAUUUCUACAUUGCACUUCCCGAGCUGGCAUGUGGACGCUUGCACAUGGUUGAUAAAUAAGCGCCAAAUCAACGCUGUUGGAGUAGACACGCCCUCCACAGAUUACGGAAUGACUUCAACUUUCCCAUGUCACACGAUACUGGGUAAAAACAGAGUCGUGGGGAUUGAAAAUGUGGCCAAUCUGGAUAAUGUGCCGGAAAGCGGAAGCACUAUUUACAUACCGGUUCUGAAUAUUGCUGACGGAAGUGGAGGACCUGCGCGCGUCUUCGCGACAUAUGAUGACGAACCUAACAAAACAAAUGCUGCCGCCUUGGUUACUUGUUUCACGUUCUUUUUGUACUUCUUGGCUGCCGUCCUCGCGUGUAACGUUCUGUAGUUGUACAACUUUGUAGUGGAACUGAUAUUGAGUUUGCUGUAUUAUAAAUGUAGUUAACGCAUAUGAAUACCUACAAUGUACACUAAAUGUAGUUCGCUAUACUUUAAAAUAGUUUCUUGAAUCAACAGAAAUUCACUUAAUUAUAAAGGAUAGCAUGAUCGAUGCAUCAAAGAAACAAAAAUAUGUGCAAUUUUGGAUAAACAAGUUAACGAAUAAGGGAUCAUUUUUUGAGUAUUUUGAGGUGAUAAUUUCGGUCGAGCGUGGUCAAAUCUAAUAAAGCCCGAAUGUAUCCCAAUAUGAUAUCAAAAGAAUGGUUCCAUAUGACUUAUAUUUACAUAAUUUUAGCCGUUGUAGGAUUAAACACAAUGUAUUAGAAUAUUGAUAUACUUUGGAAAAUUCCAUUUCUCUUAAUGAUGCCAACCCCGCUUGCUCCUCAACAAUACAUCAUUUGAAUUUGUUUGAUUUUAUAGUACAAAAACGAUUCGUAGUGUUAUACGAGACAAAGUCACUGAACUGUGUAUAGAUAUGAACAUAAAAGCCCUGGCUGAAUUAAAUUCAAGAUCUGCCGUUCACAAGCCUCAUAUUUUAACCACUGUAGCUUUGAGUAGUUAGGAACAAUGUAUUGAUCUUGACCUCUGGUUGCAACCAGAGACCUUGACCUUUGCUAAAUAUCACGAACACUUCUGGUUAGGUUGAAGUUUGCUUUUGAGUUUUUUCGGUUGGUGGUGGAAAUGACGUUUCUUCUGUAACAAAUUAUAUUAAAGGAACGUUUCUUUCGCAUUGUAGCUGAGGAAAACUGUAGAUAUAAAUUGAGUGCACACUGUCAUAGAAAUAAUAUAUAUACCCAUAUUUCAACAAAACUGGCUUUACUCGUGAUCAAUUAUUUUUGGUCAUAAUAAAGUGCUUUUCUUUUGAAACUAUCACUAAAGACUAAUAUCAAUUACAAAAAAAAAUCAUUUUAAAAAUUUUAUUGUUUUGACGUUUCGUCACGGGUAACUGAUUUAAAUUCGAUUUAGAUUGCCUUUAGACUUUUUUAUCUGUGCUAUUAAUGACAAUACAUAUCACUUACAAAAUGUAAAAAAUUCAUUAUUUUAUUUAGUAAUUUUCAUUUUAUUUUCUGUUUAACAGAGUGAACAGCUAGAAGUUUGGUUGAGUGUUCAUGUUGAGUUAUUCAUUAUAUAUAGAAGUUAAUUUGCAUUUUGACUUCUUUCAUCCAAUAAUUAUGCAUACGUAUAUUAAGCCUGCCUUCAUACAUGUACACAGUUAGUACAAUUACAUUUUAUGUGAAAUUUUGUAUUUCACUGAGUUGUAAUUUUGAAUUUGUUAAAGACUUGUGUUUGAUCAUUUUUAAAAUCAUAUCAAAAGCAUUAUAUCAAAGAAAUAAAAUAUAU